AUGGAAGGUUUGUCGAAAGCGCAACUUGUGGCGAAGAUGAAGGCGUCGAAGGAGGGCGAGGCGCCCGUUUUCCAGGCGGCCAUCGAUCAGGCCAUUGCGGAACUCGAAAAGAGUAAGGAUUACUGUAAACGUACGGUAGCUUAUGGUUGUUUUGUGGUUGUUUUAGAAAUCGAGAAGGAGGAGCCGAAAAAGGAUAAGCAGAAGAGAAAGCAGAAGACGUCGAAAUCUCUGAAGGACCUGAAGAGUAUCAGUGAGCUACUCGAGUUUUGACCACUGAUAUUGUAGGCCUCCAUUUUCAGAUGCCGGCAAUGUCCACCUGCUGGCCAUGAUGGCCAAGAUAUGCGAGGACAGCGAACGCACGACCUCCUCGUCCACUUCGUCAGGCACCAGCGGCCAGGGACAGGGCCAGGGACCGUCCAAUUGA